AUGAAGUUCGCUUCCUUUUCACUCCUUGCGCUGGGCGCUCUUAUCCCGGAACUGGCCAACGCCCAGCUGUCUGGCACCGUUGGACCUACUACCAAGGCCGCUACCAAGGCCGCCAAGAAGACAUGUAACAUCACCAGCUACGGCGCCAAGACCGGUGCCACCGGUGACAUCGGCGCGGCCCUCAAGUCCGCUUGGGACGCCUGCAAGACCGGAGGUGAGAUCCUCAUCCCCGCCGGUGAAUGGGGUCUCGGCACUUGGCAGACUCUCUCCGGCGGAACCGGUGUUUCCAUCAACCUCGAGGGUACCAUCUACCGCACUGGAACUGCUGGCGGCCACAUGAUCAUCGUCCAGAAGUCAACCGAUGUCGAGUUCUACAGCGGCAACUCCAAGGGUGCUAUGCAGGGCUACGGCUACGAAUUCCACAAGCAGGGCAGCGGUGUCUACGGACCUCGUCUCCUGAGAUUCGUCUCUGUCACCGACUUCAGCGUUCAUGACAUUGCUCUCGUCGACUCUCCGGCUUUCCACUUCGUCAUGGACACCGUCACCAACGGAGAGGUCUACAACAUGAUUGUCCGCGGUGGCAACCAGGGUGGUCUUGAUGGCUUCAACUUGAUGGCUGCCAAGAACGUGCACGUUCACGACGUUGCCGUCACCAACAAGGACGAGUGCGUCACUGUCAAGAACAAGUCUAGCAACAUUCUCGUCGAGAACGUUUUCUGCAACUGGUCCGGUGGCUGCGGCAUCGGCUCAUUGGGCGUUGACACUGCCAUCUCCGACAUCCACUACCGCAACGUCUACACCUCCAACUCCAACCAGAUGCUCAUGAUCAAGAACAACGGUGGUGAUGGUGCCUUCCAGAACGCCAAGUUCGAGAACUUCAUCGGCCACGGCAACGCCUACUCCCUCAAGAUCGACUCUGCCUGGACCGGCCAGAGCAAGGUCGCUGGCGACGGUGUCGAGUACAAGAACCUGACCUUCUCCAACUGGAAGGGCACCGCCGCCAACGGUGCCGCUCGCGGUCCCGUGGUCGCCCUCUGCGCUGCCGCCGUUCCUUGCGAGAACAUUGACGUGUCCGGCAUCAACAUCUGGACCGAGUCUGGCUCGUCCAUUGUCGACAAGUGCAACAACGCCUUCGGCACUGGUCACUGCAUGCGCACCGGCUCUGGAACCUACACCAGCACUGCUACCACCAAGACCGUCACCAGCUACUCCGCUGCCACCAUGCCCGGCCUCGUCACCGCCGGACUCGGCAUCACCAAGUCCAUCGACAUUCCCGCCAUCCCCACAACCUUCUACCCUGGUGCCAAGCCCGCCAGUGCUCUUGCUGGCGCCGCUUAAGCGCGAGAAGGCCAUGAACAUGAAGC